AUGGCCGAUGGCAGCGUGGACGCGGAGGUGGUGAUCGUCGGUGGCGGCAUCGCGGGCCUUGCAACGGCGGUGGCGCUCCAGCGGGCGGGCGUGGCGCCCGGUGGCCGCGGCAUCUUGGUGCUAGAGCGGCACCCCGAACUGCGCGCCACCGGGACGGCGAUGACCGUCUUCCCCAACGGCUGGUUCGCGCUCCGCGCGCUUGGCGUCGCACACAAGCUCACGUCCCGCUACGGCGUCAUCGAAAAAUCCCGGGUGACCAAUCUUGAAACCGGGACGACGCAGGUGUUUCGAUUUGCCGGGAACAAAGUCAGCGAUGAAGUGAGAAUGAGAGCGGUGGGCCGAAAGGCGCUGCUGGAUGCGCUAGCAGACGAGCUGCCCCCGGGCAUGGUCCGCUUCUCCUCCAAGCUCGUCUCCAUCGACGCCGUACCCGCAACUAGCGGCUCGUCGGAGGCCACCGUCCUAAGAUUAGAAGACGGCGCGGUGAUCCGAGCCAAGAUUCUGAUCGGUUGCGACGGCGUGCACUCGGUGGUGGCGCGGUGGCUCGGCCUGUCGGAGCCACUGAGGUCGGGCCGGUCCACCAUCCGCGGCCUCUCCGUGUACCCUAGCGGGCACGGUUUGAAGCAAGAGAUCCGGCAGUACCUGUCGAACGGUAUCCGAGCCGGCUUGCUGCCCAUCAGCAAUACCGGUGUCUACUUGUACCUUGUCAACAACACCAUUCCUCAAGAGAAAGAAGCCAGUGCGGACCCUGUGAAGAUCUUGCGGGAGGUGACUGAAAACCUGGGCGCGCACCUGCCCGCCGAGUACCUGGACGUGGUCCGUAACACCGACCUGGGCAACCUCUCGUGGGCACCAUUGUUGUACAGAAACCCCUGGGGCGUGCUCACGGGCAAGGCAGCCCGUGGGACGGUAACCGUAGCCGGCGACGCGUUCCACCCCAUGACACCGGAGAUGGCGCAGGGCGGGUGCUCCGCGCUCGAGGACGCGGUGGUGCUCGCCCGCGCCUUGUCGCACGCCGCCACGCCCUCCGAGGGCCUGGCCGCAUACGUGGCGAAGCGGCGUGGCAGGGCGACAUGGCUGGUCGCCGUGGCCUACGUGUCGGGCUGGGUACAGCAGGGUGGGACCAACGUCCAUGCUGCCGUUGGGUGGGUCGUCAGGUUGUUUCGGGACUGGAUCUUUUUCCGGUUCGUCUUCCCUAGGCUCGCCGACACCAUGUGGUACAAUUGCGGUGAACUUGUGCCGUGCAAGAACCACACCGAGUGA